AUGAUAGACCCCCUCAUUGUCAUCUCUGCAGUUAUUCUGAAGAUCCGGGAGCUGCAGCUGGUCCCCACUGCGCUGUUCCUCAUGUUCUACCUGGCAGCCCUGACGGGGGAUCUCCUCAUUAUCACCGUCAUGGCCGUCGACCGAUCAAUUUCCUUCCUGAGCUGUGUCGCCCAGGUCUUCCUGAUGGUUCUGUUUGGUGGUUCAGAGGUGUUCUUCCUCACGGUUAUGUUCUACGACCACUACACUGCUAUCUGCCUCCCCCAGCGCUUCGAGGUCCUCAUGGACCAUAGGUUCUUCUGUGACAAUGCUGUCAUGGUCCAACUCUCCUGCUCCGAAACGUACCUAGUCAUCGAUGUGAUCAUAGUCACGGGGAAGCAUUUGGACGUCUCCUGCUUCGUCUCAAUCGUCAUCCCGUUCUUGCGCAUCUUCCGGGCCGUGCUGAAGACACCGGCCCCUGAGGCUUUAGACCUGCUGGUGUCCGUGUUAUACACGGUGGUGCCUCCUGGCCUGAACACUCUCAUCUACAGCCUGAGGAACAGGUGUGGGGGCCGGGACCACAGAGAGUUCACGAUCCUUGUCUUCCGAGAUUCUCGGACUAACCUCUCCUUCAUCGACCUCUGUUGCAUCUCCGUCACCGUCCCUAACUCCAUCCACAACUCCCUGACCAAGAAGAGGUCCAUCUCCCUGUUGGGCUGUGCUGUCCAGAUCUUCUCCGCGGCAUGGUUUGCCAGCUCAGAGUUGUCUGUCCUCACAAUCACCUGCUGCGAGAAGCACAUCACCAUCGAUGCGACCGCCAUGCUGAAUAUGCCGACCGUAGAGGGCUGGGCCAAAGCCUUCUCCUUUCUGCUUCACUUCGGGAACGUCACGGUUUUCCUCUCUGCUGAUAUAUUAUUCUACUUCAAGCCGCCCUCAGACUCCUCUUUGAUCGUGGACCUGCUAGUGUCCGUAUUCUACAUGGUGGUGCCCCCCUCCCUGAACCUUCUCAUCUACUGCCUGAGGACAAGGACAUGA